AUGAACGGGACGACCCCCGACCCGGAACGGCCACCGGCGUCUGAGCCCGUGUGGGAGCGGCCCUGGUCAGUGGAGGAGAUCCGCAGGAGCAGCCAAAGCUGGUCACUGGCGGCCGACGCGGGCUUGCUACAGUUUCUACAGGAGUUCUCACAGCAGACCAUCUCUAGGACCCAUGAAAUCAAGAAACAAGUGGAUGGACUAAUUCAGGAAACUAAAGCCACAGAUUGUCGCCUGCAUAAUGUUUUCAAUGACUUUCUUAUGCUGUCGAAUACCCAGUUCAUUGAGAAUCGGGUAUAUGAUGAAGAAGUAGAGGAGCCGUCACUAAACACUGAGCCAGAAAAAGCAGAACAGGAUCUAUACAUCGAUCGCCCGUUACCUUAUUUAAUUGGAUCAAAGCUGUUCAUGGAGCAGGAAGAUGUAGGUCUUGGCGAGCUGUCUAGUGAAGAAGGUUCAGUAGGCAGUGACCGUGGUACUUUUGUGGACAGUGAAGAAGAGAAAGAAGAGCAGUCAGAUGAAGACUUUGCCAAUCACAGUGACAAUGAUCAAAACCGGCACACAGCACAGAUGAGUGAGGAAGAAGAUGAUGAUGAUGGCUGCGACCUUUUUGCUGACUCCGAGAAGGAGGAGGAAGAUAUUGAAGACGCUGAACCAAGUACUAGACCUAAAAGAAAUAGACCUACAUCAUUCGCAGAUGAGUUAGCAGCUCGAAUCAAAGGGGAUACCACCAGCCGAACAGAUGAAAAACAAACUGAUGAAGAAGGUAACUUAUUUGCACCCCCUGAGCUGACUGAUGAAGACUUCUUGCCUUUUGUCUCUACAAGUGGAAGGAAAGGCUUGUUUGAGGAUGAAGAGGAGGAGCACAGCGACCUCUUCACGGAAACUCCUAAGGACCGGGAAGUUUCAGCCUCUGUUCAUAAAGACUCCUCAUUCUCCAAACCUGGAAAGAAAAUCCCAGCUGGAGCCGUCUCUGUAAUUUUAGGGGAUGCUGAUGUGUUGGCUUCUGCCUCUGCAUCAUCUCAGAAGGAGGCCCCAAAGCCUGAGCAGCCCUCUUCAGGAAGAAGCCCACACGUUUCAGUAACUCCUGCUGGCCUUUUUGAUGAUGAUGAUGAUGACGAUGAUAACUUUUUUGCAACCUCCUACAGCAAACCUUCUCUGACAGACAAAGACAGAUCCACUGCUGAUAUCUUUGAUGGUGAAGAAGGAGAUCUGUUUAAGGAGAAAACUGCAGCUUUGCCGAAAGUUGUGAAUCACAAGGAUGUAAAGAAAGCAACAACAGACAAAAAGGUUACCCUGCCAUCCAGCAAGCAUCUCAAGCCCUUGUCAGAAGUAAAGACUCAAAAAGGUUUAUUUUCAGAUGAGGAGGACUCUGAGGAUUUGUUUUCUUCUCAAAAUGCAAGUAAGUCAAAAGGUGCAUCUCUCCUUCCCAGCAAACCCCCCACAUCAGCCUUGCUUUUUGACGAUGAAGACGAAGAGGAUAAUUUUUUCGGAACUAUAGCUGCUAAAAAGCAGACAUCAUCUCUGCUAAUUCAAAAUCAAGAGAAAACAAAACUCUCUGAGCCUUCCAAAAAGAAAGCGUCUGCCUUACUGUUCAGCAGUGAUGAGGAAGACCAGUGGGGUAUUACUGACUCACAGAUCAACACUGGAUCUGACAGCAGGUCUAAAGAAGAACGUAGGGAUGUUGGAACUGCCCAGGACCAAGAAUCUAAGAAGGCUGUGAAGAAGAGCAGUCUCUUUGAAGAGGAUGAUGAAGAUGAUUUGUUUGUGGUUGCUAAAGACAGCAAAAAGAAGACCCAGAGAGUGUCGCUCCUCUUUGAAGACGAUGGUGAUAGUGGAGGCUUUCUGUUUGGCCCUUCUUCCACAUCCGUUUCUCCGACAACAGUGAAAAAAGAGACAGUUGCUCAGGCACCACCUUCUUUGUUCCGUGAUAGUGAAGAGGAGAAGGAGGCAUCAUUUGCAUCGAAGUCUAUGGACAAGAAUAUUGCCAGUGACCUGGGAUUAUCAGAUGCCGAGAGAGCUGUUGAGGACUCAGAAAAGGAAAGGCCUUUGGCUAUGCCAGCAGUCGAACAUUCUGAUCUGCUGUCUUCCCCAUUGGAGAAAGGACCUAAGGGUAGAACCAAGAAUGUUCUUAGCUUGUUUGAUGAGGAGGAAGAUAAAACUGAAGAUGAAAGCAGAAUUCGAGCUCCACAGACAGAAGCAGGAAAGAAUCACAGUCCUGAUCCCUACCCCAAGACCACAGGUGUCUUUCAGGAUGAAGAGCUCCUUUUCAGUCACAAACUACAAAAGGACAAUGAUCCAGAUGUUGACCUUUUCUCUGGCACAAAAAAAACCAGGUUGUUAGAACCAAGUGCUGGGAGCCUAUUUGAAGAUGAUGAUGAUGAUGAUCUUUUCAGCUCUGUCAAGUCCCAACCUUUGGUACUAGAAAAGAAAAAGGUAGUGAAGAAAGAUCACCCUGUCUCCUCUUCCAAGAACCAGAAACCUGAAUCCAUUCAAGAUCUCACAGAGAAAAGCUUAUGGAAAGUAGAAAUGCCUCAGGACUCGUCCGGUCCCGCUCCAUUUAAAACCAAAGAGCCAUCCACUCGGAUCGGGAAAAUACAAGCAAAUUUAGUGAUUAACCCAGCAACCUUGCUGCCUGUAGUGGCUCCCCAGAUCUCUCGAGCAAAGCCUGUAGUGCCUGAAUUGGCUUUUUCUCCAUCAGAACCCAAAAAUGCAGAGGCCAGCGUGAGUUUUGAUCUGCCAGCUCAGGCAGAUACUUUACACAAUGCAAACAAGAGCCGAGUCAAAGUGAGAGGAAAACGCAGACCCCAGACCCGUGCGGCUCGGCGGCUGGCUGCCCAGGAAUCCAGUGAGGCAGAAGAUACGGGUAUCCCCAGAAGAACAGUUGCACAGUUAGGAGAGGGCACCAUUUCCCCAGAUUUCUACCAACAACAGCCCAAAGCAAACAGCAGGAAGGACAGCUCUGUGGCAGCUGCCACUCUGACUUUGGAUGGCAGUCCUGUAUCUGAAGUGGACAGAAGUCCCUUUGCCCAAUCUCUGGGUGUGCCUCUUGAAGAUGACCUUUUCGAUUCUGGAGGUAUCUUUUCCGCAGGCACUGGAUUUCAGUCCACUGGGAGAACCAAAACCAAGGAGAAGACAGCAGAGGGGCCAGCCAGCCAGGCAGGGGGCAGUAAAGAGCAGAGCUGUGUUUUCUCAGCUCUCUAUGAAGAAGGCAGCGAAGAUGAUCUCUUCCAGUCUGUCAAACCAAAACCAGCACCGAAGGCCAGUACCUUUCCUCUCCUAGAAGAUGAAGAUGAUGAUCUCUUUACAGAUCAGAAAGGCAAGAACAAUGAUUCAAAAUCCAACAAUCAUCAAGAUGUUAUAUUCAAAACACAAGAUAUUUUUGAGGAUGAUAUAUUUGUAACAGAAGCAAUUAAACCCUCACAAAAAACAAAAGAGAAGGAAAGAACUUUGGAAUCCAACUUAUUUGAUGAUAACAUUGAUAUCUUUGCUGACUUAACUGUAAAACCAAAAGAAAAAUCCAAAAAGAAAGUGGAAGCUAAGUCAAUAUUUGAUGAUGAUAUGGAUGACAUCUUCUCAUCUGGUACCCAGGCUAAGACAACCAAACCAAAAAGUCAGUCUUCUGUGUCAGUGCCUGAACACAAGGUGUCCAACAUAUUUGAUGACCCCCUGAACGCCUUUGGAGGCCAUUAG